CAGUUGGGGCUACUUACACCAUAUUCUUAUACUAUUUUCUGUACUUUCAUUUCAUCCAAUCAUCAGUCUUUGGGAACCUUUUCCAGAUUGAGAUUUCUGAGGCACUGACUAGUGCCUUUUUGCCCUUGGCCUUUGUGGGUCAGCUCCUUGGCCCUGGAACUCAGGCAAGAUGGACGCCCAGCUCUCGGAUUGUCACAGAUGUUCCAGGUCCAGCUGAACGAGGGCCCACUGACCAAGCUGGUGGUGUCCAUCGUCAUGUCGACGCUCUUCGUCUGGGUCAACUGCCUGCUGCUGUUCACGCUGAGCCGCAAGCCGGUGUUCCGCGAGACGCCGCGCUACGUCCUCUUCUCCCACAUGCUCUGCAACGACUCCGUCCAGCUGGUGUCCACCUCGCUGCUCUACAUCCUGUCCAUGUCCUACGUGCAGGUGCACAAGGCCGCCUGCUCGGUGGCGCUCUUUGUGUCCAGCUCGACCUUCUUCAACGCGCCGCUCAACCUGGCGCUCAUGUCGCUCGAGCGCUACGUGGCCAUCUGCUUCCCGCUGCGCCACGCGACCAUCGCCACGCCCGCCACCACCGCCGUCGCCAUCCUGCUCAUAUGGUUCCUCGGGGGCGUGAACGUGGUGAUCGACAUCCUGUACGCGGUAGCCAGAGACGGCCGUUUCUUCAGCGAGCGCAUGUUCUGCACGCGCGAGCGCAUCUUCAUGGCCCCGUGGCAGGCGGACGUGUUUCAGGGCUUCAACGGCUUCUAUUUUGUGAUUGUGACGGUGAUCAUCGUCUUCACCUACAUCAGUGUGAUGCUUGUGGCUCGUUCUGCCUCCAGUGAUAAAGAGUCGGCUAAGAAAGCGCACAGGACGCUCCUGCUGCACCUCAUCCAGCUGGGCCUGUGCCUGAACUCAUUUCUGUAUGGAACUAUAGAGAGAGCCCUGGCUAUGACCAGCAGCAGUCGUCUGUUCAUGGACCUGCGCUACCUGAAUUAUCUCUUUGUUCUCAUUCUGCCUCGUUGCCUGAGCCCCCUGAUCUACGGCCUGAGAGACGAUGCUGUUCGGCCCUUAUUCCUCUACUACGUCAGGUGUGGAACCCAAAAGGUCAAGCCCUCUGUAACUGCACACUGAGAUGAGAAUGUUACUGAGCAACUGUUAUGGAAAUCAUGCGUGUCAUAUUGCUGCCUCUGUUUUGAAUUCUGGCUAUUUGAGUAUAUAGGGAACAUUGGAGUACUCGCAUAUUAAAAAUACAAUUCUAGUAAAUAUCAAAAUGUUGGCUGAUAAGAUAAGCGAUAUACUUUAUUCAUCCCGAAGGAAAUUUGACUGUCACAACAGCACCGUCCUGUGCAUGUAAACAAACACACAUAAAAGUAAAAGAAGUAAAAAAAAGGUAAAUCACAUCCUUCAGCCACACCACUGCAGCAAAGAGGGGGAAAAGUUAUAUAGCUUGAUGGCCACUGAUGUGUCUCUCAGAGGAAUAUUUGGAGAUUAGUUUACCACUGAAGUUAUUCUUUAGUUCAACAAUCCUAUCAUUUAGACGUGUGAUUUAUCGUUUAGAUUAGAAGUGUCUCUCUGCAUGAUGGCCUACAGGGCUUUCUUUGUUCCUCUGCACAUGAACUUAACACUCUUACUCAAGUAGUUACCCACAUGACAACCUCCCUCUUCUCUGAGUGUGGUGUAGUUUAACAUGCCCAAACAACAAGAAGUGCACUGAAGCACAUCAUUACACAGUGUACACAGAACACAGCAUUCCAACAACAACAACAACAACAACACGUUACAUUUAUAUAGCGCUUUUCUCAACACUCAAAGCGCUUCACAGUGUACACAGAACACAGCAUUACACAUCUAUACACUCAAACUGUUUCACUCUGCUUGAUGUUACACUA